ACAAAGGCCACAGACCUAUCCAGUUCCCACUUUAGGAAGAGGAUUAGUGGAACAAAAACCGUUUGCAUUAAACUCCGUAGGGAGGAGUUAACAUAAUUUACGCUUUCCGUGGGAGAGGAGAGGGAGCGAAUAGGGAACUUAAAAGGGUUGUGCAACGUUUGCAUCAGGGAAUCGAUACCCGGGAAUAAAAGGAGUAAAGAGAGCAGAGGACAGUCAUUGUGGAUACUGCCGCGGUUCUGUUAAAAACAUUCCAGCAGCUCAAUCGUUCCAUUAUCGCGUGUUAGUUUUGCGUAUUCUGAAUGACACUAGCAGACAGGGGGUUAGCUCACAGGUUGCAUACGUGUUAUUAAUAUCAAACAAUGCGGUAGUGGUGAGAGCAGUGAAAAGAAUAAAGAAAGAUAAUAUCUGUAGAGAAGAGGCAAUACUUUAGGUUACAGUUUUCUUUGUUGGGUUCCUCUGCAAAACUAAAGGCUUAAAGAUGUCUAAACCAAAUUACACAGGAACCUUUCACAUGGUGUCUCAAGAUAACUUCGAGAACUACCUCGCAGCUCUGGAUAUUAAUUUUGCCCUGCGGAAGAUAGUGUGUAUGUUGAAGCCCAGUAAACAGAUAGUCCACGACCCGGCCACGGGCAGUAUGAAGAUCCGCACACUCACCACCUUUAAGAACUUUGAUAUGGAUUUCAAACUGGGUCAGGUUUUCACUGAGGACCUGGGACCCGUGGAUGGACGAGUCUGUCAGACCACAGUGGACUGGGAGGGUGAUAAGCUGGUGUGUGUUCAGAGAGGAGAGAAAGAAGGAAGAGGAUGGACACACUGGCUGGAGGGAGACAAGCUACACCUGGAGAUGAGAGUUGGAGAUGUAGUCGCCAGGCAACUCUUCAAGAAGGCCGACUGAAACCACUGGGAAGGAUCUCGUUCAUCAACUCGACGUUCAUGAUUCUCAUUAGAAAACAGUCUAGGACUUGGUAUAUAAGUGCCAUAGUUUUUUUAAUAUGAUCAUCAUUGUUUUAAAACCAUUACUUAAUGGACAAAAUUGAAGAUAUUUUUUAAUUAGUGUGCUAUUUCACUGUGGGAAAGAUUGUCAAUGGUCUAUUUUGAAUGUUGUCAUGGUACAGUGCAGGGUGAACUGUGUAAACAUUCCCAAUGUGUUUCCCCACUACGAUAGUUCACAAUGCCAUUGAAUGUUCCCUUUUGUGUUGUAUGGGGCUGUUCUGUGUUCAAAUAUACCACCUUUUCCCUCCGAUUGGUUAGGAAUUGGGGAAGGUAUGCUUACCCUUGGUCUGUGCCUAAAGGGAUGCGUUUACACAGGCAGCCCAAUUCUGAUCUUUUUAAAAACUAAUUAGUCUUUCGAACAAUCAGAUCAGCACCGAAAAAGAUCUGAUGUGGAAAGAUCUGAUAUGAUUGGUCAAAAGACCAAUUAGUUGAAAAAAAUAUCAGAAUUGGGCUGCCCGUGUGAAUGCAGCCUGCAACUUUUACCCGCAACUGAUUUCAGUUGGCCUGCAUUUAGCUGUAAAUGCUACCUGAUAACACUAGAGGGCAGGGUAAAGCAGUUUGACGUAUGGUAGCCGCUGCUACUCCUAUCCUACAGGGGGCGACAAACACUUAAUUAAUCAGUGUCCACUCGUGUUGCCAGAUUCUGGACUUUGCUAAAUCGUCAACUGUUUUGACAGAAUUUCCAAUGCUGUGGUUAAAACAACAUUGAACAGAUGCUGUGAUGAUGUUAAAAUGAAUAUCUUAUCUAUAUAGCUACGGGUGGUCCUCUGUAGCUCAGCUGGUAGAGCAUGGCGCUUGUAACGCAAAGGUAGUGGGUUCGAUCCCCGGGAC